UCCCGUCAUAGCCCCGCGCCUUCGCUUCAAACGAUUAGCAUACCUGCACCGCAUCCACUGGACAUAGAACACGGAGGAAAGAGGAUAGUUGUAUAAUGGCACCAUCGAUGUCGUCUGCUGAGGCGAUAAGCACACCUCGAUCGCGGACCGACGACGACAAGAGCGUCGGCAACGUCGAAGAGCAAGCCUAUCUCGACCUAUGCGCCACUAUCCUUGAGCGAGGCGAGAAACGUCUUGACCGGACCGGCACAGGAACGUACUCGCUUUUCGCACCACCACAGAUGCGGUUCUCGCUACGCGACGGCCGGUUCCCGCUGUUGACCACGAAGCGGGUGUUUUUGCGGGGGAUUAUUCAUGAGCUGCUGUGGUUUGUUAAGGGAAGCACGAGCUCGCUUGAGCUGAAGGAGAAGGAUGUGCAUAUCUGGGACGGCAAUGGAUCGCGCGAGUUUCUGGACUCGGUCGGGCUUUCGCACAGAGCUGAAGGUGAUCUUGGACCGGUGUAUGGGUUCCAGUGGAGACAUUUCGGGGCGGAAUAUGUGGAUUUCAAUACAGAUUACAGUGGACAGGGGGUUGACCAGCUUGCUGAGCUGAUUGACAAAAUCAAGCACAAGCCGUACGACCGACGUCUGAUUCUAUCAGCAUGGAACCCAGCCGACAUGAGCAAGAUGGCCCUCCCGCCAUGCCACAUGUUUGCGCAGUUCUACGUCGGCUACCCCGACGGUCCUGACCAGCAGGGCGAGCUGUCGUGCUGUCUGUACCAGCGCUCGGCGGACAUGGGUCUCGGCGUGCCGUUUAACAUCGCGAGCUAUGCGCUGUUGACGGUGAUGAUUGCCACUGUGUGCGGUCUGAAGCCGGGCGAGUUUGUGCACUGUCUCGGAGACGCGCAUGUUUAUCUCGACCACGUUGAUGCCAUGAAGACGCAGAUUGAGCGGACGCCGAGAGAGUUUCCUAAGCUGGUUAUCAAGCGGGAAGUGACUGAUAUCGACGAUUUCAAGUAUGAGGAUUUCGAGGUGGUGGGAUAUAAGCCAAUGGGGAAGAUUGACAUGAAGAUGUCGGUGUGA